UAGUGAGCGCGCAUCAUUAUUUUAGUGUAAAGGUUCUACUUCUGGGUCGAUCGUCCGAAUAUACACUGCAGAUUUUCUUCAGACCUGGGAGAAGAUGACUUUGCAGUGGACUGCUGUUGCUUCUUUCCUGUAUGUGGAGAUAGGCAUUCUUGUCAUCUUCUGUCUACCUUUCAUCUCGGCUCAAAGAUGGCAGGGAAUUUUCAAAUGGAGCAUCUGGAACCGUCUUUCCCAGUUCUGGAACAAAGGAUUUCUCACCAUGAUAAUAAUCCUCAUUGUUCUUUUUCUUGAUGCCCUUCGGGAGGUGAGGAAGUAUUCUAGUGUUGACCAUAACAAAGAUGCCAAACUGAACCCAAACAUAUUUGAUCACAUGCACAUGAAGCUCUUUCGAGCCCAGAGGAACCUCUACAUCUCUGGCUUCACACUUUUUCUGUGGCUUGUGAUGAGGAGAGUUAUCACUCUGAUUAACCAGUUGGCCGUGGCCAUCGGCACCAGCACCACCCUGCAGACUCAAGCUGAAAGUGCAAACCAAGCUGCCAAGAAAUACAUGGAGGAGAAUGAGCUACUUAAACAAGCUCUUACAGAAGCUAAAGGAGAUGGAGGAAAGAAAGACGACUCUGAAGAGACUAAACGACUGCAGAAAGAGGUGCAGCGACUGUCAGAAGAACUGAAGAGCAGCACAGAUGCCCUGAAAAAGUCUAAGUCAGAUUUAGAUGGAAUGAAAAAGCAAACUGAGGGACUAACCAAAGAAUAUGAUCAUCUGCUUCAAGAGCACCAGCAGCUUCAGAAUCAGUUGGACAGCGGAGACAAAAAAGAUAACUAGCCAAACUGACACAUCGAACAUCGGAAAGCUGUACGAAAAUCCAAUAUAGCCACUUCCUCCUACUUGGACUCACCUGGUAGCAUUCGCAUGAAAUAAAAACCCAGGUUAUGGCAUGAGUUCUUAAGUCUGAACCACUCCUGACAUCCUGUUCGGUCACCUGGUCACAACACAUUUGAAGUAGCAAUUUGCACAAUUUCAUGGCAACAAAUCAAUAUUUUUUCUUGUCUAUCGUUAUGAUGUUCUGGUUAAAGCGAUGCAGUGCUUUAUUUUAAAUAAUUGCUUGGUGAUGAGUCAAACUUGUUAAAUAACACCAAUCGACUGUCUGAAAAUACAUUAGCUACAAAGUAUGAUUGGAAGAGCACAGUAGCGCUAUCAAUGUGUUUAGAGGUUGUGUGUUGCGUUGAAGUACCUUUUGUAAUUUUCCCUCUCUUUUGAACACUUUUGUGCCGUGUUUGGUUUUAAAGUGCAUUAAAACCAAACAUCAUUCAGAAACUUAACAUGCAAACACGAGUCCAAGUAUAUAUAGUAGCUGUACAAUUGCAAAACAUGUUUUCAACCAUGUCUCCAUUCAAAUAUUGACAUAAAAAUGGCAGACUGCAAUAUACACGAGUUAAUGUCAAUUGACGUAAUCCAUCAGGUUGCGUAAGGAACUGUAUUUAAGAUCACAUACAUUACAGGCUACAUUAGUAAUUUUGAGGAACUUUAAUUAAGAAGAGUAAAACCGUAUACACAUAAAACAACAGGUAAUACGUAAACCCAUCACAAUGAGACUUUUUUUCUGGUUGUUAAACAGUGUGAAAGUCAGCCGUUAAGUGUGUUUGUUCUCACAACUACAGAGGUAGGUAAAUUACACCUGAGUUCAAAUACCAUUAGUUAGAUAAAUGCUGACACCAGACCUGACGAUUUUGCACUCAAGUUGAGUAAAGCAGACCAGUAAAGUGAUAAAACAUGAGAAGAGACAAUGUUUUUGAAGUCCAUUUGAGGUAGCUCUGUUUCUGUGCUAUUGACCCUUAAGCGUCUACCAGAGAACAAUUAGGUGAAUCACACAAAACCUGUCAAGAUCAGGGGCAAAAAUCCCCACAAAAUUAAAAGGAAGCAUUUAUUUUUAUGACAAUCAAGCACAUUUCUUCUCCAAUUCUCAUUAAUGUAAUGUGGUUAAAAACAGAUCUCAUUCUAGUGACUGUAAUGCAACUGAAAAUGUGCUUAAUCGCCAUUAAAAUAAUGUCAAAGGGCAAAAAUCGCAAUGGUCCUAAAAUAGACUUUUCUUUAGGCAAAAUAUAAUUUCUAUUUCUUGUGAUUUUGGGGGUGAAAUGUGAUCUGGACAUGUUCUUUGUGAGAUUCACUUUGUUACUGGUUAGGGCUGGAUAUCUUAUUUGACUUCAACCAUUAAAACAAAUCAAACAAUAUCUGAUAAUAACUAUUUAAUUCAGACUUCUUAAAAGCCUGUGAAAUUGUCCUGUGCUGUGAAGGAUUUGUGUGUCUUUUGUAGGAUUAUUUAACAUUUCCGAAGAAUAAGCAGUCAUCCACUAUGUGGGUGUUCUUUCAAACCUUUCUGUCUGCAGUGUCAAUACAUUGAUCUUCUCAUGAUUCACAAGGCUUCUGAGCCCACUUCCUCUCCCUAGUCUGUCUAUCAUACAUCAUGGAAAACUGUCUGUCUGAUAGUGACCUAUCUAAUCUUAAUUCUGAGCAGCACUUCAGAGAGAGGGGAAAAUUACGAGAAUUCAUAAAUUCUUAGUUAUCAUAUCUAUGCAACUUUUAGAAAUGUUUUAUAGAUUGUAUGAUUGGAGAAUUCCUGAAUUAUAGCUUAUAAGGGUAGGAAAUGGAUGCUUUGAUAUGCUCUGAAACGUCUUAAGAGGGAUUGUUUAUGCCUUUUUUUGUCAUCAAAGAAUAAAUAGUUAUUUUAAUUAUCAUCUUAUAAUAUUCAAAUGGGCGUGCCUCAAAAAAAGUGCCUCAGACAAGUUGUUUACGUUUUGCUGUGAUUGUAUUUGCCAUUUUCAUUACGUUGUUUUCACGAUUAAAGCGAAACAUUUUACC